CUUCCCGGGGAAGAGAGAUUUGAUUGUUAAACCACUCAGACCUGUAGCUCUGUGAGGAGAAUAGGGGCUCUGCUAACAACUCUUAGCACCCUCACCAAACUACGCUCCUCAGGAUUCUUUGGGGGAGAAGCCAUGAGCCUUUGAAGUGGAAUAACAGCGCUUUGAUGCAGAGGGUGAAUGCAGCCACCCAGCUCUUGGGAUUCUUUGGGGGAAAGAAUGGGCUUUAAAGGGGUGGCGUCUGCCGCUGCUAAACGACGCUGGUGCCAGCCCCCGGGCGGCUUUUCCACCACGCUGUCACCGCUCCCUCAACGAGGAACCUUUCCCCUACUGAGAGACGAGGCCUCUUUCUAGUGACAAGACCAGGCCGCGCCUAGUGAAAGGCGGGCUGUGAGAAGGGCCAACCUGCUUCGCGUGUCCCAGCCGGCCCCGCCUCGCUUAAUCUAACCUCCGCCGCCGCCGCUGUUGUCAGGAGUCGUGCUGGCCGGCAAAACAGGAGGACGAGGAGGCGACGUCGCGGCCUGGGCGUUCGGGGCAGUGCGAUGUCAGCAGCAGAGCACCAACCAACGGAGGCUUCUUCAUUGCCUAAUGAAACCAGCUCUGUUGAGGCAGCAGAUGUAGCAAAUAAAUAUGAUCCUGUUUGCCCGCACUGGUUUUAUUGCAAGGUAGUAGAUUCCAGAGAGAGAUGGAUUCCCUUUAGUGAACAAGAUUCAGAGAAGUUAGAAAAUGCUCAUCUAUCUGGCAAGUACUGUGAUGAGCUGGUUGUUCCAACUGAAGGGGGCAGAUACGAUGUACAUUUAAAGAAGAGACUACGCUAUGCUGUUUACUGGGAAGAAGAUGAAUCUGAAGUGAGGCGCUGCACUUGGUUUUACAAGGGAGACAAAGACAACAGAUAUAUCCCAUACCCUGAAAGCUUCAGUGAAGAUUUGGAGGACACUUACAUGAUCUGUGUCACCUUGGAUGAAUGGAAAAAGAAACUGGAGUCUCCAACCAGAGAAAUAAUCAUAUUGCAUAACCCAAAGUUGAUGGUUCAUUACCACCCAGCAUCAACCGCCGAUGAUUGGGGUGCAAGCCCCACAGAACAAGGCCGACCAAGAACUGUGAAGAGAGGAGUGGAAAAUAUUUCUGCUGAAAUCCCAAAUGGGGAGCCUUUGCAGAUAGAUCAUUUGGUUUUUGUUGUUCAUGGAAUUGGACCAGCAUGUGAUAUUCGGUUCCGAAGUAUUGUCCAAUGUGUCAAUGACUUCCGCAAUGUUUCCUUGAGUAUGCUGCCCACGCACUUCAAGAAAGCUCAGGAGCAGCAACAGAUUGGCCGACUAGAAUUCCUCCCAGUGAACUGGCACAGUACUUUACAUACUGGAGUGGAUGUAGACUUGGAGAGAAUCACCUUGCCAAGCAUCAAUCGCUUGCGGCAUUUCAUCAAUGACACCAUCCUGGAUGUUUUCUUCUAUAAUAGCUCCACUUACUGCCAGACCAUCGUGGACACAGUUGCUUCAGAAAUGAAUAGACUCUACCUCCUCUUCUUGGAGAGGAAUCCUGACUUUAAAGGGGGAGUCUCAAUAGCAGGUCACAGCUUAGGAUCACUUAUAUUGUUUGAUCUUCUCACAAAUCAAAAAUGCAUGUCUGAUGGGAAGGAAGAUACAAAAAAGAGAUCACAAACACUAGCAACCGGCCAAGAAGACAUUGGAUCUGUGAAGGACAUCUUGAUGGAGCUUGAGCUUUCUGAAUAUUACUCUGUAUUUGAGAAGGAAGAAGUGGACAGACAAGCACUGGCCUUGUGCACAGAAAAGGAACUUAAAGACAUGGGAAUUCCCUUGGGUCCCAGAAUGAAAAUUCUAAAUUAUCUAAGGAACAAAAACAAUAACCAGAAUUGUAAAGGGCAGACACCUUCAGCUGCUGGGGAAGGCGGAGAUGCCACGCAAGAGGCACCUGUAAAGCCCUCAAAUGCAGAGACAAGUUGCCAACGUCUAAAUGUUAUGACAGGGCAGGUCUCGGCAAAUUAUCCUCAGCUAAUCUACAAACCAGAGAUCUUCUUCGCCUUUGGCUCACCUAUUGGGAUGUUCCUCACCGUACGAGGUGUGAAUAGGAUUGAUCCACACUACAGCUUGCCUACCUGCAAAGGCUUCUUCAAUGUCUUUCAUCCUUUUGACCCAGUGGCAUACAGGAUUGAGCCCAUGAUUGUCCCUGACGUGGAGUUUGAACCUAUGCUGCUUCCUCACCACAAGGGCAGGAAGAGGAUGCACUUAGAACUGAGGGAAGGCAUCACACGGAUGAGCAUGGACCUCAAAAACAACUUACUGGGCUCCUUGAGGACAGCCUGGCAGUCGUUCACCAGGACUUCUUUUCCAGCUGUGGAGGCAGGAGCCACUGGAGAUUCUGAACAAGUACUGGAAGCUGAAGCCAGUUCAGAGAUGCAAAUUGAUAGGAAACCCGAGGAACCAACCUCACCAGUGAAAGAAGAGUCUGCUCCAAUUAAUGUGGGCUUGCUCAAUGGGGGGCGCCGCAUUGACUAUGUGCUUCAAGAGAAGCCAAUUGAAAGCUUUAACGAGUAUCUGUUUGCGCUGCAAGGCCAUCUCUGCUACUGGGAGUCAGAGGAUACAGUGCUGUUGAUAAUGAAAGAGAUUUACCAAAUAAUGGGCAUCAGCAUGGACCAGCCUCUUCCAUAAAGCCAGCCUGACCAGCUGCACCAAAAUUUUCUCCAUGUUGAAAGCUGUUCAAGACUCCUGUCCGCUUUUCUCUUGUCUCAUCUGUUGCUGAUGUGCCGGGCAUGCUUCAUCCCGGAGCUCUGGAGGAUUCAGUACCCCAGUCUUAUUCCAUGGGAAAUCCAGCAAGCACUUUGGAUCAUACUACCUGACUGCGACUGGUGCUUCCUGACUCUCUGGAUUGUGUCCUCUGGUUAGAGGCUAGCGUGUGUCAAGUUGCAAUACCACCUACAUCUAGAUAUGCACUAGACGUGGCUAGGAAUCGGUGCUAGAGCUUCACACCGCCUCUUCAGUUGGAAAGCUAUGAUAUAGGAUCCUGAUAUCAAAUAGGGGGCUAUCUGCUGAGUAAAGCGGUGAGGGAUGUGGACAUACAGGAAUCCUUGUUUUGCUGCUGCACUGGACAUCGAACAUCAGGCAUUUUUGUUUUGUGUAAUAGGUUUUUGUUCCUUCGUAUCUUAUUGCUGCUGUUUUGCCCAACAGGUGGUGCUACAGACCAAAGGAAAAAUUCCUGUCCCUACUGCAGCAAACACUGUUGUGCUGGCAGUUGCCAUGUGUUGCCUUAUAGCAACCUUGCUGCAACAGGGAAAGAACAUAGGCACUCACGUAGGAAUAAACUGACAGAUGCUUGAAAACAACCCUUUAAUUCUAUGCCUGUUUACACCACAUAUGGGCAGGUGACUGACUCUUCUGAUUCUGGUAUUGUCUCUACUGUCUGCUUAAUUUAGUUGUUAUCCAAACAGCUUUAGAAUACUGGAGAAACUUGAGUUCUGUUGUAUCUUGCUGCCCAUCCUGUGUUGAGAGCUGCAGCUUGAAGGCAGAUGUGUAACAAGGAAGAGAGCCCGAGCUGUUGAGGGUUUCCUGGCUUAUCUCUUUUUCCAGCUAAGUUGUUAGAAUAGGAUGCCCUACUCCAAGUCCUUGGAAAGAAUUAUGCAGUGUUUUCCAAAGUCCUUGGUAUUUCAUGGUGGUACACAUCACCAAAGACAGCCUCAGUGACUGAACAUCCACUUACUUACGGCUAAUUCUGAUCUUGUUGAGGAAAUAUACAUCUGGAUCAAAGGGAGUAGGCAAGAGCAAUGUUUCCCCAACUCUUCAAACCUGUGCCUGCUUACCCAGAGAUGCUGAUGCUGAUGAGGUAAAAUUAAGCCUGUGCCCAUUUAGUACCUACACAGUAGAUUUGUGUUUCAGAGCCGUGGGCAGUAGCUGCAGCUCUGCCCCUGCACUUUUCCAAUAGGAGAUCAUGUAAAAAGACGCAUAGGAGGGUAGUUGACCAGCUGACCAUUAUGAAGGUCAGUUCACACAACCAGGUUAAUGCAUUGAGUUUUGGAUUGAAUUCAGGAGCUGACAAAUACUAGACAAGCCUCCCUUUUCUCCUUGCUGCCAGUUCCUCAAGCCCUUGCAACAAGGACCCCUGCAGUAAGCCUGGAGGAGGAGGGAGAUUCUUGCCUCAUUUAUACCUGAGAGAUAGAUCAGGAAAGAAACAGUGGGAGAAACAUAUGCUCUUUCUUUAAACUGGAGUGCAAGUGAGUGCCUAACUCUGCUGGGAGAGUGCUCUAGAGGGCAAGGGGAGCUUGCCCAUGGCAAACAGGCAGUUGCAGAUGAUUGCUUGAACGGAUCUGCAUUGCAGUUGGAUGCAUGGCAGAGGAGAUGCAAUUUGCUUCAGCUUGUCCUACUUUGUGGUGGUACCAUAAGGCUGAUAAAAGAUGACUGAGGGUCCCUGGUAGGACCUGCAAACUGGACAUACAGUCAAGUGAUUCCCCUUGUGUCCAGGUGCAGCAGCGUUCACUUCACCUGUGCCUUGGGUGCUAGGAAGGUGUACAUGGUCUCAGAGGGUUUCCUCCUAUUUUCAGGGAACCCUUCUACAAAGGCAGCAGCAAUAUAUAUGUCAUGCUAUAUAUUCUCUCUGUACUGUGCAUCAAAACUCUCUCAGCAUUCAUUUUGGUUAUUCGCUCCCUGUGUUUCAGCUAUUUAUUUCUGCAUUGUUCGUCACCACAUCCACUAAUGCUGUAGCUGUGACUGAAUGAUGCCAUUUGGCACAACCGAGUUCUGGACUAGAAGCUCUAGCAGCAAGGGUGGGCCUAGGAAGAGUCAAUCAAGUCUCAAACAGCUGUUGGAAGUUUAUGCACUUUGUAAAAUAUGUCUAUUUAAAACAAGUUAUUUAACUUUU